AGAAGAAGAACGGAGCCGAAGCUGGACGUAGCUAUUUGUUUUUAGCCACGUCAUGUGAACUUUGUGGCGAAAAGUCGCAACUUGUUUGUUUGUAUUCGUUUUCACGGACUGUAUAUUUUGCUGUUAUUCUGUGUGAAAAUGUCAGAGUUCGGAGACUGGUUUCGAAGCGUCCCUUUUAUCACCCGUUUCUGGUUCGCUGGUUCGGUGGCUGUUCCGCUGAUUGGGAGAUUUGGACUGAUUAACCCCAGACACCUCAUACUCUGGCCGGAAUACUUCUUUCGUAGAUUUCAGCUCUGGAGACCGAUCACUUCUACUCUGUAUUUCCCGGUGGGUCCUGGCACUGGUUUUCUCUACCUGGUCAACCUGUAUUUCCUCUACCACUACUCCACCAGGUUGGAGACAGGUGUCUUUGAAGGCAGACCAGCAGAUUACAUCUUCAUGCUGUUCUUCAACUGGCUCUGCAUCGUUGUAUCCUCUGACUAGCUGCAUGAAGCUUUUAUCUAUAACCCCAAUUCCAAUGAAGUUGGAUGUUUGUGU